CUUCUCUCUAUCCGUCGCUCUCUCUUCCAUUAGUAGGAAGAACAGAUCGCUGGCAGAUGAGAAGAGACGACUGAGGCAGACGGAGCAGCAGCAGAAGAAGAGACAGAACAGAAAGAAAAGACCAGAAGAAGAGAGGAGAAGCAUCAUGGACGCUCUGAAGAAGGGAUUCUCCAUGGCCAAGGACGGAGUGGUGGCGGCCGCCGAGAAGACGAAGGUCGGCGUCGGGGAGGCCGCUGCCAAAACCAAGGAGGGGGUCAUCUAUGUCGGAAACAAGACGAUGGAGGGAGUGGCCACAGGUGUUAACACAGUUUCCCAGAAGACCACGGAGCAGGCCAACGUGGUGGCCGACACCGCCGUGUCCGGAGCCAAUGAAGUGGCCCAAGUAGCCGUGGAGGGCGUGGAGAGCGCAGCACUCGCCAGCGGAUUGGUCAGCGCGGAGGAGGAGGCGGGACCAGAGGCUGUGGAGACUGAGCUCCCAAAGACAGGAGGAGAACAGGAAGCACAGUAGACUCUGAAUGUCACUGAGGAGGAACCAGAGAAGAAGACAUCUUAGCUCCGCCCACCCCGCCAUGAUUAAUCUCAUUAACCAAUAGAAACCCUCAGCCGCGUCCUCCUUCCUGUUGCCACGGUUACACUGCCUACAUCACCUAAGUCAGUUUUCAAACUCCGAAGCGAUGAAGCUAAUCUAAGAGUUUAAGCCAGCUGAUUGGCCGGUGAAGCUUCAGGCCCCGCCUACCUGUCAAUUACCCACCUCCGACCCCCUCCAACCCCCACCGACCUGGACCGCCCCCCUCCAACCCCCACCGACCUGGACCGACCUGGACCGACCUCAGUCGACCCUGACGCCUGAAGCCUUUAAUGUUGUAAAUGCAUGAAGCUCUAACGAGACACUUCCUGCCUGACGCUGAGUUCUUCUUUUAUAAACGACGGAAAUAAAAUGUAUUUAAAUCGAGCUGCUUCGUUCCUUCUCCUCCUUCAGGGCCUCAUUUAUUUAUUUGUUUGAGCUUUUUCUCCCUGUUCUUAGUUGUUUUUUAAAGUCUGAGUCGGGUCGUGAUGGUCUGGUUUUCUCGGGAACAGAUUAGACCUGAUAACUAAUGACGCCCCCCGGGCCCAGACUGGGAGACACCAUCAGAACCAUCUGUGUUUGGGCCCCGGGGCCUCUUCUCGUUACAUAACAUAAACGAUGGGUGUGGUCGUGACUCAUGCAGAGUUUAUUAACCCUCCACGGUUCCUCUGGUGGUUUAUGGGACGGCAGCGUCUCCAUGAACCAAUCAGAGCUCUGAGCUGUGUUUCAUGUAAUACGUCAUUUUAUUCUGGUUUCACUGAUAAAAGUCAUUAUAGGAUUCAACCAACACAACAACCUGUUAUUUUUAACUGUGUUCCAGCUUUGAUUCCUCCAGAACUAAACCACUUAGAGAGAUUCUGACUGUAGUGAUAGAAACUUCAGAGUCUCGUCUUUGAAAAGAGACAAAGACCAUGAAUGAGCUCCAACAUGUUCCUGAACAGUGUUCAGUUUAAUUUAGAUACGUCCUAAAUAGACUGGAACGAUGAGGUUAAACCAGUUUGGGGGCGGAGCCUGCAGGUGUGGCUGAUCUCAGACCUGUGUGGCGGCUCGGUCUGGGGAGACGCCCUGUAGAGGAUGAGCUUCACCUGAAGGGACGGCCACGCCCACUCCUAUAAGAGGGCAGGUCGCCCUCGGUCCGGAUCAGCACAGCGAGUCCUCACAGCAGCAGACAUGGCAAACUUCUUAUCCAACGCUCUGGGAUCCGACGGCAUCGCAAAGAUGGCCGGAGAAAAAGUUGGUGACCUGGUGGAGGACACGGUGAAGAAAGUGAUGGGUGGAGGAGAAGGAGAGAAGAAGGAGCAGAAGGAGGGAGGAGGAGGAGCAGGAGGAGGAGGAGGUUUCGAUGUGGGAGACGCUCUGUCGCUGGUCGGAGGGAAGAAAGACGAGAGCAAAGGAGACGGAGGAAUCAACGUCAACAACGUGAUCGGAGGAUUUUUCAAGUAGAAACUACUGGAAGACGAACAUCAGCACAUCCUCAGCAUGUACAUUUAAAGAGGUUUAACCUGCCAUAAAACAUUAAAUCAUCUACACGUGC